GGUAAUAUAGACGACGGGGUAAGAGAAUCUGCGGUGGACUGCGGGAAUAAAAAAUUCUACCGGCGUGAUUAAGUUCAAACGCUGCGGUUAUAGUCUAGUUUUCCUCAAUUCGGGUUCGUCUAGAUACCGGUGUUGAUAAAUUGCGGGCCGGAAACGACCUCGAUCGUAUGUUGGUCUCGCAUUCUGACUCACAUUACUCACGAUUUCCAUUGUCUGGUGUCUGUUAGUCGCGUCACAAUUGGUCCAGAUGAGUCAGUCAACUUUUCGUCUCUUCGAGUUCUGCCGUAGCAGCGGCUAGGAGUGGAUAGUUAAUUUGUUUUCGCAGGAGUGGCUCUUAAAAAGGCGAACGGAAAUGGUCGCAAAAGCGUCGCGGGCCUCGUGCCGGGAUUUAGGAGAGAGAGGUGAAGGAAGAGCGGAGCAUCAAUUGCGCCGACUAAACAACAGGGUACUCGCCACAGUGCGAAGGUCCGAGGUACUCGAGUACCUACUCGCAAAAAGGGCGAGAGAGGGGGAGUGCAUCAAUGAAAUUCCCACCAGCGUCGACUUCCAUGCAGAAUAAACUGGAUGCUCGCUUUAUUAGCCGUAUGAUAAAAUUUGGAGAUGACCAGUUUGAUCCAGAGUCUCUCCAUGGAAAGACGUUUUCCUCGACCCCUCAUAAAAACACGGGCAUUUCAUCGGCGUCGGCUCGAUCUGCGCGUUCCACUGGCUCGAAGACACCAGAAGACCACUAAGCUCUUGGAUCCGAGGGAGGAUUCGCAUAAACUAGACGAGAAUACGCACCGUGAGAGCCGUUAGGAUGACUUCGAAGGACUCGAGGCUCGCUGGGUCUACGAGUAGACUACCGAUAUAUUUGCUCUGCGCCCUUAUCACGAUCGUCUGUUAUCCAGAGGGCUCGAGAGCAAUCGAGUGUUACGAAUGCAACAGCCACGUAGACAGUCGAUGCGCCGACGAUCAACCUCCGAGUUCCAUGAAGAAGCCCUGCCACGACCUCGUCGAUGGCUCCAAGUACACCCUUUGUAGAAAAAUAGACCAGCGCGUCGAGUUCAAAGUCAACGGAUUGCCCGAGAAUGCAAGAAUAAUAAGAUCCUGUGGGUGGGACGAGUCUAGGUACAAAAACGAGUGCUACGACAGAAGUGGCUUCGGGGGAGCUCAAAGGGUGUGUUCCUGUUCGACUGAUAAUUGCAACGGUGCCGUCCAUCGGUCUCCUACGUCCUUUUACAUUUUCGGAUCAUCAUUGGUAUUGCCUAUUUUGAUACGAAAAAUUUCGACGUAAAAGAAAAAUAGUUUCGGAAAACGGCGGCUAAAUAUACAUAAGUGUAAGAUAAAAAAAAAGGUCCAUGCACGGUGGCAGCUACGACCUAAACGUCGUCGUAUCAGGCCACUUAUAUUUAUUCGGGAUACCCGUCAAACGGAUAUUCCAGAGGUCGAGUGAUAAGCGUAUUGAAUUUAUUUAUGUACAUAAUAUAAGAUUAUAUUUUAUUGCGUCAUUGCCAAAAUAUUCGUACACUCAAUUUACACGAAAUGGAAAAUGAGAUCGUGUUCCCCGCCCGUACCAAAAAUCAACUCCGACGCGACGUCUUUUACUCGAGGAUAUCUCCUAGACUAUAUCGAGGUCCGUUUAAAUGCUUCGGACGUCGAUUU